UUUACAUAUCAACAAAAAGUCAGUUUCGUUCCCAUCAGUCGAUUAGCCAUCUCCGGAAUGAGCGAAGCUAAAACCCUAGCUGUUUCUCUCAUACCCUCUGCUGUGCGGAGUAUUAGGAGGACGAAGAGAUUCAGUUCUUUUCCCUAUCCCUUCCUAGGGUUAAAUCUUUGCUGGGGCAAGGCUCCAGCGCCGUCCUAUUUCUCCCACGCCACCGCCGCCGCCCCCAGCCCGGCCCCCGCUAUCGGCGAUGAAACUUCAGAAGACACCGUCGAGGAAAUCCUCACGCGGGGAGAGAGGAGACGAGGGCUGAUGAAGAUGGAGCGAAGAUCGGAAUACGAGGAAUCCCGUGGGCAAUGUUUUCCUUACCUGGAUCUCUGCAGGGUUGGAUCCGCGUCUCUGACCAGCCGGGAGGUCAUUGAAGUGUUAGAACCGUACAUCUUGGAUGCGAGGAGGGAGAGAAUGCAGAGAGUGGUCGAUAAUCGUAGCUAUUCGGUAAGUCUGGUGGUGGAAGGGCUUACUGAUUUUGGGAACGUGUCUGCAGCGUUUAGGUCGGCGGAUGCGCUCGGGAUUCAGUCGGUUCAUGUCAUUUCUAGUGACAACAGGAAAAGGUAUAGAGAUAAUCGUCAUGUCAGCAUGGGCGCUGAGAAGUGGUUGGACAUAGAACUCUGGAAAUCACCAAAAGAGUGCUUCCAGGCUUUGAGACUGCGUGGCUACCGCAUUGCUUCCACCCAUUUGGGAGAUGAUACGGUUUCUAUUUACGAUUUAGAUUGGUCAAUUCCAACUGCUGUUGUCGUUGGGAAUGAACAUUUGGGCAUAAGCGAGGAAGCUCUGCAGCUGGCUGAUAUGCGCUGUAGUAUUCCUAUGAUAGGCAUGGUGGACUCUUUCAAUGUCUCUGUUGCUGCUGGCAUUCUCCUUCACCAUGCAGUGCAUCAUAGAUUCUCUCAUAUGGGCCAUCACGGUGAUCUGACUACUGAAGAAAGACGAAUCCUUCUUGCAGAAUUCUAUCUGCGUCAUCGUGAGAGUUCAAUGGCCAUAGUUCACGAGUAUGUGAAAAGAAAUUUGGGAGACUGUUUGACAAAGUUCCUCCCUCAGUGAGAGAUAAUUUUUUUCUCUCUCUCAUAAUCAGGUCAUCAUAUGGUGGACGUUUCAUGUGACCAAAUCAUUUAAGGCGACUCUCUCUGAUCCUGUUCGGGCUUAGCGGUGAGCGGUUGGGCAAGCGAGUAGCUAUGGAGAUGAGAGGUUUACUGGCUGUGAUAAUGUCAAUAGCAGCGGUUUGUAGUUUAUUUAGAAAUUAAGUAAUUUCUAUAUUUCAUUUUCAUUCAACCAUACACUUAGAUUUUGAAAAACAUUGCAUUUCCUUUUACAUUUAGUCAAAUCAGAGUCAUUUUUGUUUAUAAAUUUGUCAUA